AUGGCGUCCGAGGAAAAGAAAUCUGGUGAAGAAAGGUUGGUUAAAACGACAGAGACUAAAGACGCGAAGAAACACCGGGGAAUUCCAGAGGCACUCUUCCUGGUGAGCAUUUACCUCUUCAUAGUCAUGCCCUCCAUUUUUGAUGAUAGUGCGAGUCGCACGUACCGGGAAAUUCCCUCCAUUAGCGCCCAGGGAAUUUUCGUUUCUACCAGUCUCGAACAAACGAAAAUAAACCAGUUCUUAUUCCUGGAAUGUAGGAAGAUGUCGACGAUUUCAUGAAAAAGAGUGGAAAUGAAACUGCAGAGUCUGUUCUUAAAGAUUUAGAUGAGCAACAUCAGAAGUAUAAAUUUAUGGAACUGAAUUUGUUGGCGAGAAAAAAAAGGUACGAACACGUGACUUUUGUGAAUCAUUUUUCAAUUCCUCGGUAAAUUUAAGAUUACCCUUUGGGUUAAUCCCCAAGUUUUCUAUCCUUUUUCAUUUUUGGUUGGAUUGAUUCCUAUCCUUCAGGGCCCAAGCAGUGCUGUAAACCCCUCACCCAAGGGCGUAUUGAGAAAUUUGAUAGGCCUCCACAAUUUUGUCUCCUAUUCCUGAAAAAGAAGGAAGCUGUAUUUUUACCCUCCCAGCAACUAAUCCUUCCAUGUUUUUAUUUUUGGCCACAAAAGUCAUCAUGCACUUAAUUUCCAGUACUAUGCACAACCACCAAUAUUAAAGGGUAACUGAUGGCAAAUUUUUCCCCCUUUUUUUUUUUUAGGUUAAAGAAUCCUAAAUGAGCAAAUAAAUGAUAUGUUGAGCAAAACCAAAUAUUCUACAAUUUUUUUUUAUGCUUCAUCCACGGCAAUUUUAAAAAUGUUUCGAUCCAGGUUACUUGAUGUGAUACAUCAUACAUGUGUAAGACAGAGAAAAGGGCCAUGUUAAGACCUGAAAGUAACAACUUUGCUGCUACAGAGUGGGACAAAAAAGAUUUGUUCCAUUUUUGUACAGGCCACCAUUUAGAGACUAUGAAAUACAAAGUGAGAAAUGAAAUACUUCCUGUAAAAAGAUUGAAUUAUGGAAAUGCGAUGAAUUGCAUAUCUGUAUUCAGAGCUACAGGUAGAUUGAAUGCCAUACCAAACAGCAGUAAAAUAUAAAUAUAUUUUUCCUAUUGACCAUUAUUUAGUCUGUUACUUAUAGAAAUAUUUUUUAGUCCAGGUCAAAAAGUAUUUAAUUUAAGAUUUUGUCUAUUGUAUAUCACUUUCAAGUCCACUGUAUAUCUCUGUCAAGCCCAUCGGUUCUGAAGUGAGUGUGGCAUAAGUGUUAAGUGUUGUUGUGUAUUACAGGGGGUCCUUAUCUGGUUUUGUGAACGAAAUUCUUCUUCCAUGUUCUGGAAAUGUACAAGAUUUAUCCUCUCUUUAUCUCUUUUAACCCUUUAACUCCCAAGAUCUAAUUGUUAAUUCUCCCCUCUAGCUGCUUCACAUUUUCCUUGUAAAUUAGAUUGAGAACUUGGUGCUAGAUCAAGGUAGCAGCUUCUACCUGAUAAAUUCAAAUAUUCUCAUUAUCUGUUUGCUGAAUAAUGUAUGGAUGUUAUGGGGAAAAUGUUCAUGUUAUUCACUUCUGGGAGUUAAAGGGUAAAUGGAGAAUAGUGAGCAGCACAAAGGAAAAACUUCUUGCUGUUGUACCUUUUUGUUUAUUUUUUCCGAUCGGUAAAAAAUAAACAGAGUCAGCAACACAGUUGUGCAACGCAAACAACAAGCUUGUAAUGUUUCUCAAAUUAUGACCUGGACUUUAAAAAAAAAUAUAUAUAUAUUUUUUUUUUACACUUAAGUCAUCCUAAACUGUACCACUCUUAGCCCCAUUGACAUUUACAAUAUGAACAGAAAACAACAGGAUUUCAAGCAAAGAAAAAAAAAACCAGGGAAGGGCUGUGUACUGAUGUUUUAUGGCAUAAUAAUUUACAUGAAAAAAAAUUACUCAGUUCUGCUUGGUUAAGAUAAAUGCAGUUUUCAGGUAAUUCAAUGCAGAAGAGGGUUAAUUCAGUGCAAAGAAAGUAACAAACCAGACAUUCUGGUUGGUCAAUAAUCAAAGAAACUCACAGAUAGCCAAUCAAAUGUGAGCCUUGGAUGUCGCAACAUUUGGCUACGCUGAAAAUUUGUGAGUGAAACAAUGGCCAAUGCUUAAAUAGGUUUUCUUUUGCCUCUGCAACAGCAAUACAGCUGCUGAAAAAAGCUCUAACAACGGAAACAUUAUAAUAAGCACUGGUUGUUGGUUUGGAAAAGUGGUGUUUAGAGAAGGGAAUUGCCAAGGAAAUCAAAAUUGUGAGCCAAUUCAGCUUAACAAAUCGCUCAAGCAAUUCCAUGCCAAAAUUAAAAACAAAGAUAGUUAAACCUCGCAAACAAAAAUUCCAUUCCAUUGAAAGUGAUUUGGACACAGGCUGAACAAUUCCUUGAACUUUUUAGCUGGACUUUGAACUUUUUUGCACCUUAAAUGAAUGAAUUAUUUUUGCACUUGAUGUGCGUGCUUUGCUUCUGUAUAAUUAUGAUAAGUUAUCUGAUAUUUUUUCAUGUAUAAAAUUUACUCAUACUUAUUUAUUCCAAAUUGCACUCAAAAUCAUGUGAUUACCUAUACAAACAAAUGCAGAUGGAUUUAGCCCUCACCAGUUUCCAGCUGAUGAAAAUGAGCAGCCAAAGUGGAUUGUAUUUGUGCAAACAAAAAGAGAACCUAAUAGGUAGUUGAACAACAGGUUCGGGUCCGCACAUUUGCAGCGACCAUUUCACAGGUGAUAACUAUGAAGGAUUCUGUGCAGGAAUAGCUGAAUUUUAGUUCUAAGCUAGUAUUAAAGAAGUCCUCAGUUCUUUCUACUGAAGCGUCUCCUACUCAAGGAUGCUGUACAAUGCAUCUGGGUUCUGCCUGCAGCUGUUCCUCUAUAACAGCCCCCAAAUUUUUAUUUCUCACUUCAUCUACUUCUUGACAACAAAUUUUUUCUACCUCUCUCCACCUUGAUUGGCAGUUUCCACACGGCAUCUUGUAAUAAAAGAAUCAGUAUUAUUAUGAUGUUGAAAAGAAUAAAUAAAGAACACAAGUUGUAUGAUUGGUUUCGCCAAAAUGAACAGUUAUUAGUUCUGUAACUGUCGCAUAUGAGAGAGAUGACUCACACUUUAGGCUAUUAACAAGAUACAAAGACCACAAAAGGGGAAAACUAAGUUAACAAUAAGUUAAUAUUAAGAGAAUGUUCACUUUUAUAUGUAUGAAUGAUUUUUUUGCUGCAUUGUGUUCUACGGUAAAAGCUGAGAAAUCUUUGCCAAAUUCAAUAAAAGAAAAUUCAAAACCGUUACAAAUGUGUCGAAACAUGUAUAUUGUGGAAAACAACUCUUGAGAAUGAAUCCAUCCAAUGCACCUCCACAAGCAUGUAUGUUUAUUUUUCACAGUCUGUGAAAAAUAAGCUUUGGAAGGUGUGUGCGUGUAGCACAAAAACACUUUGCUUCCAUGGAAUUCAAGAGUCUGCACAUUUGGUUUUCUUUACUUGAUUAUUGCUAUAUUCAAUAAGUGACUGAUUUUCAGGUACUUUAUUUACAAGGGUAAUGCACUCACCAUUCUUCUCUUUUCUCAUUAAGACAGCUGCUAUGCAUGGGCUCUUGAUCCUCUUCUGACUCUUGUACUCUAUUUUUGGUUCGUCUUGGCGUUUCAAAGCGCCAGGGCCUGAUUUACCAAACAGGCUCAUAAGCCCUAUCAUUAUUUUCACCUUUUAACUGCCCUCACUUGAACUACUAUCUGCCAUAUUUACUGUGCUAAGUUUACACACAUGCGAUGUAUCAGGUCACAUGAUCAAAUUUGAAGCAUUUAUGGCAGAUGACUCAUGAAGCUGCAAUUACAACAGUUUUUUGAGCCAAAAAAGCCACAAAGAGGCUUUCUAAGUACCUUGUGUCUGUUUCAGUGUGUUACCUGAGGCAUUUAGACAGUAUUCCAAAAAUGUGACCUUUUAAGCUGUCAAUUACCCUUUUUGAAAAUAUGUCACAAAUUAGGAAUCAAUAAAUUUGUUCUAGUACUCACAACCCCCCUCAUAUGCAGUCAAAUUUUAUAACCCUGGAUGGUGAUUUCUUUAAUUGUUCAGUAUUUAGAGGGUUUUUAGGGAGGAAGGUGAGAGAUCCAUGUGGGAAUUUGUCUUCUAUUAGUUGAAAGAAAUUAAGAUGGCUAUCUUGGCUGGUAGUUGGUUGUAGUUUGUUAAGUCAUGCUGAGUGUUAGUUUAUCAAGAUUAUGAGGUGGAAUUUUGAUUUAAAGUUUGUCAUAUUAUUACUACCAAGGGAAACCAAAAAUUUGGUCAUGUAAGCAGGGGUUCAAGUUUUCUGGAUUGGUGUUGAAUUUCAAUUCUGUCAAUAAUUGAUUAGCAAUAAUGAUUUUACAAUUCUUGCACAAUCUACAAUCAUUUUCAUAUUAUUUUCUUUGUUUUAUAAGUGCUUUUGUUUAAGAAAAUUUAGUUUGGGAAGUUUAGUAAAUGUAUUACAUUAUCUUAAAUGCUAUCAAUUGCAAUUUAAAGUUGGGACAUGUUAAUCAGCUAUGCUCUGACACUUUGGCGUUUAUUGAACACUGAUUUUUUCAAAAAGUUUGAGUCAUCAGGUAAGGGUAAAUUUGAGUCAAGGAAAAGUAAAAUUAGUUUGAGUUAACUGAGUUUGAGUUAGCUGAUAGUAAAUAACUGCAGAAAUGGGGUCAAAUCCAAGGGAAAUCAGAUCUUGUUAGCAGUGGGUUUAAGUUGACUGGGUUUAAGUUAGUGUGGCUCUGAUGUAUAUGGCAAACAGCUGAGGGGAGUCUCGCACUUAGAGAAAGGGCAGACUUGAUUAUAAGCUAGUAUUUGGUAAAUGAGUGCAUAUUUCUCUUGUGGUGGAGAAGAUGAUUUAACAUUUCAUGUUGAAUGAUGUUUAUUUCUAUCAAUUUACUUUUCCACUCCACCAGUUUCCCCACUGAUUAUGGUAAACACCAGCAAAUAAGCCACACUUUUUAUCCCAAAAUUUUUGUAUCAAAUCAGGGUUGUAGCUUAUCUGUCAGGAGAAAAUGCCACAAAUUUGCAUCAAGUGACACUAUUCACCAAAAAUUCUGUGCAGUAAACUAUCAAGAACUUCAUAAAAAUAUACAAAGGUGCACGUUCAUUAUUUCUUUUACAAGACUGGUGGCUCCUUAAAAAAAUGUGUUUGUUUAUAAGCAUAUGAUAAUAUUUCUUGCUGUUGAGUGACUUUGCAACCAGUUUAAAGUUGCCUUCCAUGAGUAGCCAAUCAUUACUCAGCAAGAAAUCUCCAUUCCACUGCAAAGCUGCUUUCUGUGUUGCUGAUGGCAAUGUUUGUACUAGGGAAUAAAUGUAAUCUGUAAAUGUCAAUAUAUCUGUUGCUUAAUCAAGAAACCAAGGGGUUAUGUAGCUAGGUAACUGGCAACUCCACAACUUUGCUGCUGUCAUAACAGGAGCCAAGAUGGAUUAAAAGCAACAGAUUCAUAAACAUUUACUGUGCUGUGUUAUCUUGUACAUUGCAGAUUACAAUCCCAAGUUCCAGAUUUGAAUUCAAGUUUAGAGAUGGUCAAAUUAUUAACAUCGAAAAAGGUACUGAAAUGAAACUAUAGGAGUUUAGGAGUUUAGGAGUUUACCCAGUAAAGAAGGUUAAACAGUGGAAAGCAAGUAGCAAAAAAAUAUGUAUAUUUUUUUUGUUUUAAUUCUUUGAGCAUCUCACUUUAGUCUCUUUGAUUUACAUUUUCAUAUGGCAGUUUGCAUUGAUGGUGAAGGCUUUUUCAGGAGUAAAUGUGGCAACAUACAUACAGACUGCUAUGCCAUAUUGAAAAUCAUCUCAAUUUGUCCAUGAAGUGUAUGUUGUGAUUUUACUCCAUAGGAUGGUUCCAAGCCCCUUCAGAGCAGAUUUUUGUUGUCGGAUCAGGUAUAUUGCACUGCAGAAGUUCCACCGACAGAAAAAGUAAUGUUGUGGCUUGGGGUAAGAUGUUAUUUAUUUAUUCUCCUUUGUUCCUUUCUCUUCUCUGUUAGCCUUGAGAUUCUAGUUCUGGUGGGGGAGGGUGGUGGCUUAGAUUUACUCUUUUGGUAGGGUGAACCCAAUUUGUUGUACUGUUAGGGUUUACUGUAUUUCGUUGAAAAAGCACCAGGUGCUUAUUUGAAAUUGCUCAUUUCAAAUUUUGGCUUAAAGCAGGGACACUCAAUUGAGGGGGGGAUUCAACUAACUGUACCUUUAUUUUGGCAAAAUCUUAAAUAGAAAUACAAAACUUAAAAAGUUAUAAAUAAAGAAAUAAAUUGGCAAUAGAAACUGGUCUUUGUUUUACCCCUAUUUGAGAGAGGAGGCAGAGAAGUGCUUGUUUUAGAUUAUGGCAUAGUGAGGAGGGUGCUUAUUAGGGUGUCGGCAGUUAUUCAAUGAUAUACAGAUAUAUAUAUAUUUUUUUUUUACUGUAAUUUGUGAAUGCAAUUAAUGUGGACCAUAGGGGUAAUGCUGGUAUAGGUGAGGUGGGUGAACUUUUCAGGGUAGAUUUACUUGGAAAUAAUGCAAUUGUUACUUGCAAUCAUUGCACAAUACUUGCAUUUGUCAUGACUUUGCCACAAGUCAUGUCAUCUCUGAAUCAUACUUAACUCCUGUAACAUUAGAGGUCACAGUGACCAUUAAUUAGUCCUUUAACAGCCACCCUUGAAUCACACAUUAAGGACAUGAAAAUAUAGGAAAUAAUCACCACCUCAAGAAGCUCUUGAUUGUUAAACAAAUUGCCCUUGGCUUGUAAGCACCUGUAUAGAGAACAUUAUGAAGAAUGUGCAUACUGAUAUUUGGUUGUAAAGGUUUAAAUUAUGUCACAUUUAUAUAUUUUUUUAUUUAUGUUGACUUAAUUUAAAUUCAUAUUACUGUAAUGUCUCUGAUUUUCAACAUGAUAUCUGGAAAUUAAUGUUAAUUAACUUUCAAAACAUUUUACACUCUUCUCAAGAAUGAAGUUGAUUGUCAUUCAGAGUGCAUCAUUAAGUACAAAGAGCUUUGUUGAUACUUACUUGAUUAGGCAAAUGUUAUGUUGGAGUACAGCAUUGAGGAAGCUGGAGCUUUGCUGUCUAAAAACCUGAAUACUGCACAGAAAAACUUGAAGGAUAUUGAAGAUGACUUGGGGUUCCUGAGAGAUCAGUAUACCACAACUGAAGUCAGUAUCCUUCCAAAAAAUACUGUCCUAAGUAGUGUAAAUGGUUGUUUUUAUUAUGGUACAUUUUGUAUCAGCAGGGGUUGCUUGUGAGUGUGUCUCUCCUUCAAACCACGAUUUUAACUUCCCAUGUUAGUGGGGAGCUCUUAUCUGCUUUAGGUGUUAGGAUUCAAAUCUGACAAGAUUUACAAUUUUAACUGGACAUUCAAAUUAUCAUUUUAUCCUGGGGUUGUAAGGAUUUGUACUCAAGGGUGGUGCAUUUGGUGCAGCUCUGUUUUAGUACUACACCCAGUGAAUGCAUGAGUUACUGAACCUAAAGCUAAAAAUACAGUGCUGAUUUCACCACGAGAAGCAUAAAUUUUGUUUGAUAUCAGAAACUGGUUCAACUGCAUAAUUGAAGCAGUUAGGUGUUUGAUGCAUUUCUAGUUUUAGAAGAGCCUAGUGAUGUUUUCAUGUGAGCCCUUUCAUCAGGACCUUAUUGGUUUCUAAAUCUUGCAUUAUCAGCUCUCUCCUUUUAUUUCUAGAUUGUAACUAUCCCAGUUUUUUUACUGAGAUCUGCUUAACUGGGCUGAAGUAUUUUUUUUUCAAUACAACAUGCCAGUCAUGUGACUGGGAUGGAAUUUGAGAGGUGAUUCCUUGUUUAUAUUCAUGACAAAGCCAACAUUCAUCAUAUGAAUAGUAACCAUGCAGAAAUCUCAGCUUGUCAGCUGAAAGGGAUGAUUGGUUUACUUGCCCUCUUGCAUGUGCUUGCUUCCAUGUGCUUGAAAUAUGACAAUGCUAUGCUACCCAGGGUGGCCUGGGGGUCAAUUUUCUUUGAGGAGUUCUUGAGUCUGACAAUCCAUAUGAAUGUUGUGAAGUCGUAUUCCUUCACUUGUAUUUAGACAUGGCUAGAGUGUACAACUGGGAAGUCAAGAAGAGACAAGCACAAAAAGUUCAGUCAGAAAAAUAGCUGCAUCCUACACAGUCCUUAAUUAUCUUUAUUUUCAUUAUCAUUAUUAUUAUAUAAUUAUUGUCCUUGUUAUUAUUGUCAUUUGUUAUGUUUGUGUAUUUAAUUUUACCUUUUUAAAAAUAAAUUUGAGGCCUACAUCUCGCCUGGUACAAUAUACAUAUUUGAUAGAAUUUUACUACCCCACCCUCCCAGCCUAUCCCUUGUGUGACAAACUCAAGGUAAAUCUUCCUUUGGUAUCACAAUCAAUUGGUAAUAUUGUCUCUCAGUCAAUAACCCCAAUUUCUCCUUGGGCAAGGACCCAAUUGCUUAGGAGUCUCCAAUAAUAUUUUAG